AUGGUGGCCAAUGCCUUAAGCAGAAAGGAAUACUCAGGGCGCCGAGUAAAAACACUGACAAUGACCGUCCAUUCCCACUUGUCUUCACAAAUCAAAGAGGCUCAGCUAGAAGCCCUGAAGCCGGAGAACGCUGCAAACGAAGCUUUGCGUGGAAUGGACAAGAAUCUCGUCAUCAAGGAGGACGGAGCACACUAUUUCAUGAAUCGAAUCUGGAUCCCAAAAUUUGGAGGGUUCAGGGACGUAGUCAUGAAUGAAGCGCACAAGACACGAUACUCCAUCCAUCCAGGUUAUGAUAAGAUGUACCUGGAUAUCAAACUACAUUAUUGGUGGCCGAACAUGAAAGCGGAGAUUGCUACCUAUGUGAGCAAGUGCCUGACUUGUGCAAAGGUUAAGGUAGAAUAUCAGAAGCCCACAUGA